AUGAAAUUGCAAUUACAGGAUUUGUUGGUCCUUUCUGUAAUUUCUUUAAACCAAGUGGAAGCAUGGUCACCAUCAAAUAGUUAUGUCCCUGCAAAUGUGACAUGUGACGAUAACAUCAAUUUGAUUAGAGAAGCUAAUGAAUUAUCUCAAUCUGAAAUUGAUUGGUUGGAGAAAAGGGAUUCCUAUACAAGGAAUGCAUUGAGAUCAUUCUUACAACGUUCCACUUCAAAUUUUUCCGACAAUUCAUUAUUAGAUAGAUUAUUUCAGGGGUCAAAUUCGUCAAAUAUUCCAAAAAUUGGUGUGGCAUGUUCAGGUGGUGGUUAUCGUGCCAUGUUAAGUGGUGCUGGUAUGUUGUCUGCUAUGGAUAAUAGAACUGAAGGUGCUAAUGAGCAUGGUCUUGGUGGUCUUUUACAAAGUACUACUUAUUUAGCUGGUCUUUCAGGUGGGAACUGGUUAACUGGUACUCUUGCAUGGAAUAAUUGGACUUCAGUACAAGACAUUAUUAAUAAUAUGACUGUGGAUGAUUCCAUUUGGGAUAUUUCAGAUUCAAUUAUUAAUUCUGGUGGUUGGAAUAUUUUAUCUUCCGCGGAGAGAUGGGAUCAUAUCUCUGAUGCGGUUCAAGCCAAACAAGAUGCUGGAUUUAACAUCUCUAUGGCUGAUGUUUGGGGUAGAGCUUUAUCUUAUAAUUUCUUCCCGUCUCUUUAUCGUGGUGGUGUAGGUUACACUUGGUCCACUAUAAGAGACGCUGAUGUCUUUAAGAAUGGUGAAAUGCCAUUCCCAAUCUCUGUUGCGGAUGGUAGAUAUCCAGGUACUACAGUUAUUAAUUUAAAUGCUACUGUUUUCGAAUUUAAUCCAUUUGAAAUGGGUUCAUGGGAUCCAACUUUAAACAGUUUCACUGAUGUGAAAUAUUUAGGUACCAAUGUAUCAAAUGGUAAACCAAUCAAUGAAGGUACAUGUGUUGCUGGAUUCGAUAACACUGGAUUCAUUAUGGGUACAUCAUCAACUUUAUUUAAUCAAUUCUUACUACAAAUUAAUAAUACAAGUUUACCAUCUUUCAUUAGAAAUUUAGCAACUCAUUUCUUGAAAGAUUUAUCUGAAGAUUAUAAUGAUAUUGCCAUUUAUUCACCAAAUCCAUUUAAAGAUGCUGAAUUUAUUGGUUCAAACCAUUCUAAGAGUAUUGUUGAAUCCAAAGAUUUAUUCCUUGUUGACGGUGGUGAAGAUAAUCAAAAUAUCCCAUUAGUACCAUUAUUACAAGAGGAACGUAAUCUAGACGUAAUUUUUGCAUUAGAUAAUUCUGCUGAUACAAAUGAAUCAUGGCCAGAUGGUGCUUCCUUAGUUAACACAUAUCAACGUCAAUUUGGUAUUCAAGGUGAAAGUAUGACAUUCCCAUAUGUCCCAGAUGUGGAAACUUUUAUUAAUUUAGGUUUAAAUAAAAAACCAACAUUUUUCGGUUGUGAUGCAAGAAAUUUAACUGAUUUGAGUUAUGUCCCACCUUUAAUUGUUUAUAUUCCAAACACAAGAUAUUCAUUCAACAGUAACCAAAGUACAUUUAAGAUGUCUUAUUCCACAUCUGAACGUCUUAACAUGAUUAAGAAUGGGUUUGAAGCUACAACAAGAGGUAAUUUUACUGAUGAUGAAGAUUUCCUUGGUUGCGUUGGUUGUGCCAUCAUGAGACGUAAACAACAAAGUUUGAAUGAAACAUUACCAUCUGAAUGUGAAAGAUGUUUCACUAAUUAUUGUUGGAAUGGUACUCGUGAUAGUAGACCAGUGAGUGGUAUUAAUAAUAGUGACUUUUCAUCUUCUGCAUCAAUUGCCUUGGCUGCUGAAGCAACAAGUGCUGCUUCUGCUUCUGGUUCCUCGUCUACCACUCAAAGUAGUGCUACGAAGAGGAACGGUGCUAUAAACAUGGAAAGUUCUAAAUCAUUCAUGUUUAUUUUCACAAUCUUCAACAUUGUAUUAAACAUGCUAUGA